GUUUCUCAAACUUUACAAUAACGCAUAUAUAGUUUUGUGCUCACCACUGUACGUGUAUUGUACAAAUUACUUGCCCACAUUUAAAUAAUCCUACAAUCCACAGAGGAUUUUAUAUGUGCGUUCUCUGCAACAAUCAUCAAUCGUCUUAAAGGCUAACAUGCGUCUGAAGCUAAAAUCAUCUCUAUCAUCUGUACUAUUCAGAUAUAUAAGCAAAAUUUCAUCCACAGAAGAUGAAAAAUGUGAAGAUUUAUAUAUGAUGGAUGGAUUGAGUCAUAUAUUUCACGAUGCACCUCCCUUAGAGCAUUUGAGAGAACGUGCGAAUACAGAUAAAACGUUUGACAGCAGCCGUGGAUUUUACGACAGAAAGGUAGAACCAGUCAGAGAUGUUAAACUAGCCAUCGAUGGUAAACAAAAGAGAGAGAUAGGAACAACAAAUGAUGCAGAACCAAUCAAGGAUGCGAAAACAGCUAAUGAUGAAGAAUCAACCAGCACCAGCGUAGAUAUCAAAUGGAGCACUCAAUGCAAUCAAAUAUGUAGAAGAAAUAGUACGGGAUAUGAGAGACGGACGAGGAAACACCUUUCGGCUGAUAACCGCCGUAGCAAGAGUAAGAUCAGGCAGCUUAUAAUUAGAUUUGAAAAUAUUCCAGAGCUUGAAGUAAGCUUCAACAAGAAUGUGACGACAACCAAAACAUACUCGUCUUCUGAAUAUAAUCGCUCAACCGAUUAUGAGACAGUAGGAGGUGACAGGAAAUCAUUCUGACAAAAUAUUUUUAAAAACAAUUGCC